UUCCUGUCACCCUGGUAUAUAUCAGAAGUCCCAGGCCUGGCCUAUCUCACUCACCCUGUGGACUUGAGAAAGUAGCCCUCCAGCUAACUCAACAGCAGGCAUCAAAGCAGCCCCUGAGCCCUAAGGCUUUGGAGACUCAGGAGUUUUGAAGGUGAAAUGGCAACACCCAGAAAUUCAAUGAGUGGAGCUUUCCCAGAACAUCCUGUGAAAGGCCCUAUGGCUAUGCAACCUGCUCAAAAAAUUAUUCCCAGGAGGAUGGCUUCCGUGGUGGGCCCCACACAAAGCUUCUUCAUGAGGCAGUCCAAGGCUUUGGGGGCUGUCCAGAUUAUGAAUGGGCUCUUCCACAUAGCCCUAGGUGGUCUCCUGAUGAUCCACAUAGAAGUCUUUGCACCCAUCUGUAUCACUGUGUGGUACCCUCUCUGGGGAGGCAUUAUGUAUAUUAUUUCUGGAUCACUCCUGGCAGCGGCAGGGACAAGCUCCAGAAAGAGUCUGGUCACAGGGAAAAUGAUAAUGAACUCAGUGAGCCUCUUUGCUGCCAUUUCUGGGGUAAUCCUUUUGAUCAUGGACAUAUUUAAUAUUACAGUCUCUCCUUUUUUAAAACUGGAGAGUUUGAACUUGAACAAAGCUUCUGAGAUUAACAUACCCGACUGUGAAGCAACUAACCACUCUGAGAAAACCACUCUACGUAUGGAUUAUUGUUAUAGAAUUAGAUCUGUGUUCUUGAGCCUUUUUGCAGUGAUGCUGAUCUUUGCCUUCUUCCAGAAACUUGUCACAGCUGGUGCUGUUGAGAACGAAUGGAGAAAGCUGUGCUCCAGACCCAAAGCUGAUGUUGUUUUCCUGUCAGCAGAAGAAAAAAAAGAACAAGCAGUUGAAAUAAAAGAAGAAGUGGUGGAGUUGACUGAAACAUGUGUCCAACCAAAGAAUGAAGAAGAUAUUGAAAUUAUUCCCGUCCAAGAAGAAGAAGAAGAAACAGAAAUAAACUUUCCAGAACCUCCCCAAGAUCAGGAAUCCUCACCAGUAGAAAAUGAUAGUGUCCCUUAAGCCAUUUUUUGUUUUCUGCUUCCCUUUUCUAAGCAUUAGGGUUCAUAGCUUCUGAGACGUAUCUCCUCCCAUUUCUUGAGGCACUCUGCAUGUAUCCUGCACAACCGUCUCUGGUCUUUGUAUAGAGUAACCAUGGCUCCAUCUCUGUGUUUCUCAUUCAGAGAGUAUAGCUAUUGCAGCAGAUUGUGUCAAAAUGUUUCUUGUUCAGAGCAGUUUUCUUGUAUUAAAAAAGGGCAGAAUGUGAUUUCUCACCAGCCUUUGCCUUGGCUAAGCCAUAGUAGUAGCAGCAGUAGGGUAUGCUUUUCAUUUCUUACCUUCUCAAUAGGGAAGAAAGGCACCGGAUGAAAAAGAAAAAUGACAGCUCCAUGCCAUCCCUAAAUUAUCUCUAAUUCCUUACACAUCCACAUUUUUGGUGGAGUCCCCUUUGCACCACUGUUUUAAGGAAAGUAAAAAUAAUGAUAAUGAGGUGCUAUAAGGAGCCUAUUUCACCUAUCUUUCUGUGGGGCUGACACUGCGACACAUUCUUAGAGCCUGCCCCUCCCCCACCCCAAUCAGGAAGGCUCUAAGUGGCCAACACCCAAUCCUUUUUUUUUUUUGUAUAAACAGCACAGCUUAUACAUGGCCAUAUAUCUGUCUGUCUUAACUUUCCCUAACUCCUGCUCUAGGCCCUUAGUUGCAUUGUCUACCUUUAGGCAAGAAAAGAAAGAAUGAAAGAAAAAUACCAUGAGUACCCACAUCUCAAAUGAUAAUCAACACUUGCAUUUGUUGAAUAUUUUCCAGUCAACAAAGUAUUUUAUCAAAUAAUUGCAUUUGACUGUCCAUGAUCAAGAAAAA